GUCUGUCUGCAAGGCUGCUUGGAUAUGCAAGUCUGUCUGCAAGUCUAUCUGCAAGUCUGUCUGCAAGUCUAUCUGCAAGUCUGUCUGCAAGUCUGUCUGCAAGUCUGUCUGCAAGGCUGUCUGCAAGUCUGUCUGCAAGUCUGUCUGCAAGGCUGUCUGCAAGUCUGUCUGCAAGGCUGCUUGGAUAUGCUGUAGUAGAGCUUGAAUUGUUGACACACUUACAGUUGGAAUAAUUCUAGACACCCUCCCUAUGGUUCAUAUUCCUGUUUAUCAUGUAACUGUGUUUCUGUCUUGUGUUCUCUUCCUCCUCCUUUUUCUCCUCCUCUUCCUCCUCCUUUCCUCCUCCUAUUUCUCCUCCCUUUUCUCCUCCUCUUCCUCCUCCUCUUCCUCCUCCUUUUCCUCCUCCUCUUUCUCCUUCUCUUUCUCCUCCCUUUUCUCCUCCUCUUCCUCCUCCUCUUUCUCCUCCCUUUUCUCCUCCUCUUCCUCCUCCUCUUUCUCCUUCUCUUCCUCCUCCUCUUCCUCCUCCUCUUCCUCCUUCUCUUUCUCCUCAUCUUCCUCCUCCUCUUUCUCCUCCUUUUUCUCCUCCUCUUCCUCCUUCUCUUUCUCCUCAUCUUCCUCCUCCUCUUUCUCCUCCUCUUCCUCCUCCUUUCCUCCUCCUCUUCAUCCUUCUCUUCCUCCUCCUCUUCCUUCUUCUUCUUCUUCUUCUUCUUCUUCUUCUUCUUCCAGGUGGGACAGAAGAAAUAGACAAAGACUUCAAACUCUUAACUUGUUAUGAAUGGAUCAAUAGUCUAACUUGUUAUGAAUGGAUCAAUAGUCUAACUUGUUAUGAAUGGAUCAACAGUCUAACUUGUUAUGAAUGGAUCAACAGUCUAACUUGUUAUGAAUGGAUCAAUAGUCUAACUUGUUAUGAAUGGAUCAAUAGUCUAACUUGUUAUGAAUGGAUCAACAGUCUAACUUGUUAUGAAUGGAUCAACAGUCUAACUUGUUAUGAAUGGAUCAAUAGUCUAACUUGUUAUGAAUGGAUCAAUAGUCUAACUUGUUAUGAAUGGAUCAACAGUCUAACUUGUUAUGAAUGGAUCAACAGUCUAACUUGUUAUGAAUGGAUCAACAGUCUAGCUUGUUAUGAAUGGAUCAACAGUCUAUGUAAUGUAAUCUUUAUUUAACUAGGCAUGUCAGUUAAGAACAAAUUCUUAUUUUCACAUGACAGCCUACCCCAGCCAAACCCUAAACUGGAUGACGCUGGGCCAAUUUUGCACCGGCCUAUUGGACUCCCAAUCACGGCCGUUUGUGAUACAGCCUGGAAUCGACCCAGGGUGGACCAGAAGAUGUAGCUGAGGACGACAGGCUGACAGAAGGCUGAAGACACUAGAGAAGGUUCUUAGGUGCUUCCUCCGGAGAGAGAGGGGGGGGGGCUUGGUCCCUUGGAGCACCACCUCCAGAGAGCUUCACCAUGUCCAAGAAGUGGCCCGGGGGUGCCGGGGCUGGGGUCCGAGGCAAGAUGGAGAGGGCCGAUUCGUUGGCGUCCCUGCAGGCUGCCAAUGAAGAUCUGAGGGCCAAACUCACAGACAUCCAGAUAGAACUACAGCAGGAGAAAAGCAAGGUUAGUAAGCUGGAGAGAGAGAAGAGCCAUGAGGUGAGACAUGAGCAACACAAGUCUACAGUGGUGGUGACUGAGCUGAAGGCCAAGCUCCACGAGGAGAAGACUAAGGAGCUGCAGGGGCUCAGGGAGACGCUGCUACGGACCCACGAGCUGGAGCUGAUGAGGGUUAUCAAGAUCAAAGACGGAGAGAUCCAGAGACUACAGGCGCUGGUUAAUGCGCUGCGAGAUGGAUCCACAGACAAGGUGAAGACGGCUAUGUUUGCGGAGGCGCGUGAGGAGGCCAGGCGUGGUUUUGAAGGGGAGAGGAGCAGACUACAGCAGGAGAUCUACGAGCUGAAGGGCAUGAAGAGACAGAUGGAGGAAGCUCUGAACUUGGCCGUCCACGCAGACAAGACCAAGGCUGCUGAGAUACGCUCUGUCUAUCAUGUACACCAGGAGGAGAUCACCCGCAUCAAGAGGGAGUGUGAGAGGGAGAUACGCAGACUGAUGGAUGAGAUUAAGGUAAAAGACAGAGCAUGCUGUGUGCUGGGGAAGGAGCUGGGUGUUCAGGCUGGACACACUCAGAGGCUCCAGCUGCAGAAGGAGGCUGUGGAUGAGCAGCUAGCCCAGAUCAGAAGCAGGGAGGCUGGGGCAGGAGGACACCUCCACAGCCCCAAACGAGAUGCUCCUUACCCCAGUGGUGCAGGAGACACCUCAGAGAGCCUCGAACAGCAGUUGGCUGAGAAGGAGGCGCGACGCUUCCAGCUAAAGAUCGCUGAGCUGAGUGCCGUCAUCCGCAAACUGGAGGACCGCAACGCCCUCUUGUCAGAGGAAAGAAAUGAACUGCUGAAGCGCCUAAGAGAGGCAGAGAGCCAGUUUAUGCCCCUGCUGGAUAAGAACAAGAGGCUGAGCAGGAAGAAUGAGGAGCUGGCCCACGCAUUCAGACGCAUGGAGAACAAACUACGCUUCAUUACAGAGGAGAACAUGGAAAUGAGAGAGAAGGUUGCCACCAAAAGACGUCCCAGCUCUCUAAACGACCUUGAUCAGAGUCAGGAGGAGAGAGAGAUCGAGUUCCUCAGACUGCAGGUUCUGGAACAGCAGAAUAUUAUUGACGACCUGUCAAAGGCACUGGAGACAGCUGGAUACGUGAAGAGUGUGAUUGAAAGAGAUAUGCUGCUGAGGUACAGGCGGCAGGGCAGCCUGGGGAGGAAGAAGGCCAUCAGGCCGUCUAAACCGCUGGUAGAGACCUUCUUUGGUUACGAUGAAGAGGCCUCUAUAGACUCAGACGGUUCCUCCAUCUCCGUCCACACAGACAGGACACCGUGCACACCAGACGAUGACCUGGAGGAGGGUAUGAUCAGGGAGGAGACAGAGAUAAGGUUUCAUCAGUUGACCAUGGAGUACCAGGCUCUUCAGAGAGCCUAUGCACUUCUACAGGAGCAGGUGGGGGGCACGUUUGAUGCAGAGAAGGAAGUCAAGACAAGAGAACAGUUGCAAGCAGAGCUUAUUCUCUACCAAACGAGAAUACAGGACCUGGAGUGUGUUCUGUCCCAGCAAGGACAGGAUAUGAAGUGGAUCGAGGAGAAACAAGCCCUGUAUCAAAGAAAUCAAGAACUUAUAGGGAAGAUCAAGCACAUGGAAACAGAGGAGUCCCGUUUAAAAAACGAAUUUCAGGACGCCAGAGACCAAAAUGAACUCCUGGAGUUCCGGAUCCUUGAACUUGAAGAGAGGGAGAGGAGAUCUCCAGGAAUCAACUUCCACGACAUCCACUUCUGUGAAGGCAUCAGUCCACUGCAAGUGUACUGUGAGGCUGAGGGAGUCACAGACAUCAUCAUCACAGAGCUAAUGAAAAAGCUAGAUAUACUGGGGGAUAAUGCCGUAAGUAACCUAUCCAACGAGGAGCAGGUGGUGGCCAUUCACGCCAGGACCGUCUUAACGCUAGCAGAGAGGUGGCUUGAGAAUAUAGAGGUCACCAAAACAGCUUUAGCACAGAAAAGGAUGGACAUUGAAAGUGAGAAGCAUGUGUUCAGUAAACAGAAAGGCUAUCUGGAUGAGGAGUUGGACUACAGGAAACAGUCCAUGGCUCAGGCUCACAAGAGGAUCUUGGAGCUAGAGGCAAUGCUGUUUGAUACCCUGCAACAGGAUGCGGGGGCCAAGAUAUCAGAGAUGCUGUCGGACGACGAGAGGGAGACACUGCGUCGGGCGGUGGAGCAGUGGAAGAGAGGGGUCAUGAUGGAGCUAAGAGAGAGGGACUCACAGAUCCUCAGGGAGAGAAUGGACAUGCUACAGCACUCACAGCAGAGAAUCAAAGAGCUGGAGGAAUGGAUAGCAGCUCAGAAAAGACAGAUAAAGGAACUUGAAGAAAAGUUUUUAUUUUUAUUUUUGUUUUUUUCUUUAGCCUUCAUUCUUUGGUCAUAGUUCUCCAGGGAAACGAGAGCAACUCACAGGUUUCCAGAUUGUCUUGUACAUUGUGUUCAAGAGGACAGGAUUUGGAAUCCAAGAUGGCUGCCAGAGUCCUGAAAGUCUUUUCGAAGACUUCUUCACACGAGAAACCAGUCAACUAUGCUGCAAGACUGACUUUAGAUAGAAUUCUAUCACCAUGUUUUUUUUUGUUUUUUUUUAAAGGACAAAAAAAACAAUGUUUUUUUUUAUUUUUUAUUUUUUUUACUUCAGUAACCUUUUUAAACCUGACUGCUGUCCCUCGUUAGUGAUGAUGAUGAUGAUGAUGAUGAUGAUGACGUCUCGAUGGAACACUCGAUGGAAGAGUUCCUCUCUGUGGAUGAAGACUUCAGUGGAAUUGAAGAACUGUUAAUAAAUGGCGAUGUUCUGUGUCUUCUUUUCCCUGCUGAGCAGGUGGUGCUCUGGUCGCUUCCCUUUGGAAGCAUGAAGAAGAAGAAGAGUUUGAUUGAUGGAUUGAUUGAUUGAUUGAUUGAUUGAUUGAUUGAUUGAUUGAUUGAUUGAAAAACGAACUGUAGUGAAGUCAGGCGGUACUCCUGCUUGAGGCUUGACCCUGGAUCUUUACUGUUCAACCCAACACUUUAGCCAAGAGAUCCAAAACCUCUUGACGAGGUCACCAGGUGUUGGGUUACGUUAAACGACGGUGAAGUGAGACAUUUUUACCUUAGCUCUGAGCAUUCACACACACUUCACUGAAGCUGAGCGUUUCCUAAAAUGGACACCAUACCACUGUUUACACUAUCUGACCACGCUGUUAUUACACUCCCAGGGAGCUCGUCACAGUGAUGCUGCCCAUACUAAAACUGGCUUUGUGGCCAGUGUGCCCUCUAUCUAUCUCUAUGGCCUCAGCCCUUCCCCUGUCUAGUCCAGACAUGCAGUUGGACUCAUUAACUCCUCAAAUCUCAGUGUUUGAAAUGAAACCCGAAGCCAAACUGUGGUAUUAUUAGACACCAUGUAUUUUUAUAUGUAUGAAAAAAGGCAUAGAUUUUAAAAUACAUUUCUCAAAAGAGGAAUAAAUAAAAUGCUAAAUUAGAUAUUAUUUUUUGUUGAUGAAGAAUGAAGGAGCUUUCAAUGAUUUUAGAAUUUUCAAUUUGAUCAGAUUUAUGUAAAUCUGAUCUUCCCCCUUGGUGCUUGGGAGAGAGUGUGUUUGUUUUAGAUAGGGGACCUUGGUUAGUUCUGUUAUGUCCUGAUGGAGACAAAUACCUCCCAUUGAAUCUUCAUGACUCUAUGUUAAAGCAGAUUGUGAAUGAAAGAUGUAUUUUAUGCAUUAUGUUGCCAUUAAAUGGGAUCAAGCCCCA